AUGUCGUCAAAUAGUGUACCACAAUUGGUGGCAUUGGUUCAGAGCAGAUCCAGUCGUGGAUUAAGCCUUCAGAGUCUCGUUCUUGAGUUAUGGGCAUACCUAACGAUGUUAUCGUAUUCGUGGGCCAAUGACUAUCCUCUUUCGAUGUACGCCGAGAUUUGUUUGUUUCACAUAUCGAUUGGCAUUCAUUUGAUUCCCAUCUCGGUAUCCGUGAUACUUAUUCAAUUGGGAAACCCUAUUGGAUGGUAUAGUAAAGGACUCCAAUUGUGGACAAUAGUGAAGAACAAAGAUUCGGGACAAGUGUCGGCCCUAACGUGGAGUCUAAACGCGUGUUCGUGCGCCUCCCGUCUCACAACUCUAUACCUGUCUAUAAUGGAUGGCAUAGUAGUGACCACUUUAAUCGUCUCAUUCUUCCUCAACACUGGGGUCGCAAUCGCUGCUCAUAUAUACCGACCGAAGAUUAAAACACAAUAGGCUUUGAGAUAUACUUUUUAAUGUUACUUUUAAAAUCAAAUCAAAUCAAAUGAUUACUGCCA